AUGGAGGAUUCAGAGAAAAGAAAAGAAAUGUUAAAAGCAAUGCGAAUGGAAGCUACUGCUGCUGCAUCACAGAAUGAUGAUGGUUCUAUGAACACAGCUCACCUCUCAAAUCCGUUGGCUGAGACAUCUACGGACCAGCAGGAAUCGUACGAAACGCCGAGGUUUGAUUAUUACACUCAACCGAUGUCUGCUUAUUCUAGCUUCAAGAGAAACAAGACACCUAAGCAACAAUAUAUCUCAUCUCCUAGUCAUGAAAUCCGCUCUCCGGUACCGCAGUUUCCACCAUCUGCUCCUGGAUCAUUAGGCAGUGACUAUCCGGCACAUACAAAUCAUGGUGGUUUUCAAGCAGCUCAUUAUGGUACUGAUAAUUUGCAUACUGGACCAAGAGGGAUGUCGCAUAUUUCACCCUCACACAGAGGCUCACCCGCUGCUUGGAAUAACAACUUUAGACCUCCGCCAGUUAACUAUUUUCCUCCACCUCACCUGGUACCUGGCCCUUAUCCAUUUUCUCAAGAAAUCCCUGACAUGGGGCAUAAUAGAUUUGGUGGUCGAGGCAGCUACAACAACACCGCUCCACAAUUUCCCCACUACGGACAACAAAAUUCUAAUUGGGCUGGAAACAGAUAUCCUGGUUCAGGAAGAGGCAGAGGUAGAGAACGCGGUAUGAACACAGGCUUUGGUAGAGAUGGAGGAAGAAGACCCAUGGAACUAGGCGCAGAACGAUUUUACUCCAACUCCAUGACUGAAGAUCCCUGGAAGUAUCUUAAGCCAGUCUUAUGGAAGAGUUGCUCAGAUGGUUCUAGCAGCAGCAACUCAACAGGUCGAACCUGGCUUCCGAAUUCUAUAGCACCAAAGAAACCUACGAUGAUCUCAGAAUCUUCCCACAAACCUAGCAGUAAACAGAGCCUUGCUGAGUACCUUGCUGCUUCUCUAGACGAGGCUACGUGUAAUGAGUCAAACUAG